ACGCUACGGGUAACAUUUCUUCAACCAUAAAGUUUGCAGCUUUAUCUUUCACUCAGCCCAAUAACCUCUGCCUCUGUUCUCUAAUGGCUUCCUCUAAAUCUAAUCCAACUCCUUCAAUGGAUAUGCUCUGAAACUCCCAGUCCACGCCUUUACCUCGAAUAACACACCGGAAAGGCCAUGGCAAUGACAUGGCACAUGGCGUUUUGGAUCGCUAACAUGGUUUGGGUAGCCUUGAGCGACUGUGUUUCUUCUUGUUUGGCCAUCGCCGACGAGGUCGCGGGCUCCAUCAGGACUGGUGAUAUUGGCCCUUUUCACAUUGGCUGACCGGAGAUUCUUCGAUUUCGUCAAUUCGUAACCCUCUGGUGAAGAACGAUAAUACGUUCAUAUGCAGGUAAAAAAGAAUGGCAGAUCAAAAUUUGAGUAUGUAGGCAAAGCUAUUAGUAGAUGAGUACGAACUGUGAAAGCAGAGGAACAAAAGUUACUGUGUGGGGCUUCGGCUGCUGCUUCCACACCCAUCCUGAAUUGGUAAAAAUUGUAUAUUCUUGAGUCAUCUGUAUGUUUUAGCUAGUUGGAGCGCUCUGACCACGAGAUCCUGUUAGUUUGAAAUA